AUGGCUGGAGAAUCAUCUCAAGUACGUCGCUACGAUGUCGACUUCAAGAAAGUACCCGGUACGUUGAGUAUCACAGCCACUCACAUAGCAUGGGUACCCAAAACACAGGGAGCGAUGGAUCGUCAGAACCAAUCUAUGGAAAGGGCCAUCAAUAUGCUAGCGAGUAAAGCAGGAAGCAAAUCGAUCAGUUUGAAAAUCCUAUUCAAGGAUGAUGUACCCCUUGGAGGAUUAACAUUUGUAUUUUCGAAUAAUAGUACGAGAGAAAAUGAUAGGAAGGAAGUCCAAGAUAUCCUUAUACCUUUCGUAGCGGCCAACAAAAACCCUCAACCGCCGACUACCACUGCUGCUUCCACUACAACGCCCGCGGGUGUACCAAGUACCUCGACAGCACCGACAGUGUCGUCAAUAUCAGCAUCAAGCAAAAGGAAAUUAGAUGAUAUAUCCAGUCCAGCGGGAACACCAGGUACACCUACUACUGGUGGAUCGCCUGCGACACUCUCACCAGCAGUAAGAGCUCAACGGAAGAAAGAAUACAAAUUACGACAAAAGGUGCUAGAGAAAAAUCCAACGUUGAGGAUGUUGCAUCGAGAAUUGGUCAUCGGGAAACAAAUUACAGAAGAAGAAUUCUGGGAUGGUAGGGAGGCAUUGAUCCAAGCGGAAGAAAUGUUGUAUUCCCAAAAGCCCGGUCGAGCUUCUAGAUUAUUAGAUGAUAGAUUCGAUCUGGAUGCGGGUAGGAAAGGAAAAUCCACCGGUGGGACUGGAGUAGGCAUCAAGCAGGCGGAUCAAAAUGGUCCGAUAGUCUUGAAGUUGUCUAAAGAAUUGACAAGGGAGAUAUUCGAAGAGUUUCCGGUGGUUCAGGAUGCUUAUGCGAAAUAUGUUCCUGGAAUAAGCGAAACGGAAUUUUGGUCACGGUAUUUCACUUCUCAAUUAUGGGAGAGACAUCGAGCGUCUGUCAGAAAAUCGGCAGUGGAUGAAAGUGCGAGAAAGAAAGAUGAUAUCUUUGAUCAAUACCUAGAAGAACCUGAUUGGAACAUACAACCUAGACAGACUCUACCUGAUAAUGUCGAGAGAUUCUUGGAUCUAGCUGCUACUGAAGAAGAUCACGGUGAAGCAAUCACCGUAAGAGACGUUACGAUGCAAGCUGGGCGAGAGAGAAGCGCAUUACCUUUGAUAAGGCGGUUCAACGAUCAUUCCAAGAAAUUGCUCAGAGCAGCCGAAGCGAAUAGAGAUGAAUCUGCUUUGACUGAUUCACUAUAUGGAUCGGGAAUCGAUUUAUAUAAUGAGAUCGAUCUAGAAGAUCUACAUGGACCAGCUCAAGAAAGCACCAUAGCGUUGGACGUACAGGAAGCAGCGGGCGAGGCGGAUAAACAGGGUCAAGAAGGUGAAGUUGGAGUAUUACCUGGAAAGAGUGAUGAGGAACUGCUUUCAAUAGCUACUCGAUCUACUACAGAUCUAACCAGCUUCAAGCCCGAUUUCGCAUCUGUCUGUUUACCCAAUCCAGGUUUUCAUCCGGUAGAUCCGGACGGUACGACCAACAUGAACGAGACGAAUCCUGCUUAUCAGGCAUUUGCAGAACAGCGUAAUGCCCAGGCUGCCGCUCAUCAGGUAGUCAAGGAUUUGCAUGUUCGGUCUAAUGCAGAAUCGGCUGUUAAUUCACCAUUUCCCGAUCAAUUGUAUGAACAGAUGAAAUCUUGCCAUAACGCUGCGACUGAAUUCCUCAGACAAUACUGGUCGGCCAUACUUCCUUCACAACCUGGUACACUCAAUUCCAACAUCAAAGCGAAAGAGGCCAAGGCGAUCAAGAUGGCUAAUUAUCUGAGAUCGACAGAGAAUAAAGUGAAAGCUAUUAUCGAGACGGGUGUAAUUUUGGGUUUCGAUCCUGAGCGAGUAAAGAAGGCCAUGGCACCUACAGUCGGUGCUGUUCGAGUAGCUCUGGAGAGAGAAGCGAAAUGA